AUUGAGGUGCGUUUCAUCGAUUGUGAUGCAGAGACGAGGUAGAUCGUCGGAAUUUCAUCGACCGGGUUUCAUUAGAUCGGAGACUCAUCGGAGACGUCGGCGUUGAAAAGGGUUUUGUCACGGAGAAACUUCCCGAAUCUUUUUCUUCCUUCGGUUUGUCUUCUUCAAUCACCGAUUCGCUUCUCAGGUGUGAACAGUCCAUUUAGUUUUUGUUUGGUGAUCUGAUCUUGGUUGGAUGUGAAAUGCAAAGAUCACGGAGAGCUCUUCUGGUUAGAAGAAGAGUUUCUGAGACUACUUCUAAUGGAAGGAAUCGAUUCUACAAAGUUUCAUUGUCUCUGGUUUUUCUCAUUUGGGGUCUUGUCUUCUUAUCUACAUUGUGGAUCAGUCAUGUUGAUGGAGACAAAGGUAGAUCUAUAGUGGAUUCAGUUGAAAAAGGUGAACCAGAUGAUGAAAGGGCAAAUGAGACAGCUAAGCCUGUUGAUGCACCAUCACUAGAGUCUGCCUCUGUUCAUUCUACUCCUGAUUUGAGUCUGGAUGAUGAUAUAGCUGCAGCCGGAGAAAUCAAAGGCUCAGAAACUAUAUUGAAGAAAAUAGAAGUCGAUAAUACAAUCGUUAUCGCAGGAAACGUUACAGAAAGCAAGGACAAUGAGUUUGUGAAGCAAAGUGAGAUAAAUAAUAACACAGUUCCAGGGAAUGAUACAGAGACCACUGGUUCAAAGCUUGAUCAGCUAUCUCGUGCUGUUCCGCUUGGCCUUGAUGAGUUUAAGAGCAGAGCGUCUAUUUCUAGAGACAAAUCUUUGUCAGGCCAAGUCACUGGCGUUAUUCAUAGGAUGGAGCCUGGUGGGAAAGAGUACAAUUAUGCAGCUGCUUCAAAAGGUGCAAAGGUCUUAUCUUCUAACAAGGAAGCAAAAGGAGCUUCAAGCAUCAUAUGCCGGGACAAAGACAAGUAUCUCCGAAACCCGUGUUCUACUGAAGGGAAAUUCGUUGUCAUAGAACUUUCAGAAGAAACGUUGGUGAACACAAUCAAGAUUGCAAAUUUCGAGCAUUACUCUUCCAAUCUGAAGGAUUUUGAGAUUUUGGGCACUUUGGUUUACCCGACUGAUACGUGGGUUCAUCUAGGGAACUUCACGGCUUUAAACAUGAAGCACGAGCAGAACUUUACACUUGUAGAUCCCAAAUGGGUGAGAUAUCUAAAGCUAAACUUGCUAAGCCAUUACGGUUCAGAAUUCUAUUGCACCUUGAGUUUACUAGAAGUCUAUGGAGUGGACGCUGUGGAAAGAAUGCUGGAGGAUUUGAUAUCAAUCCAAGACAAGAACAUAUUGAAACCCCAAGAAGGAGACGCUGAGCAGAAAGAGAAGAAGACAAUAAAAGCAAAAGAGUCCUUUGAAAGCGAUGAAGACAAGAGUAAACAGAAGGAGAAGGAACAAGAAGCCUCACCAGAGAAUGCGGUUGUGAAAGAAGAAGUAUCAAUUGAGAGAAGAAAGCUGCCAGAUCCGGUGGAAGAGAUAAAACAUCAACCAGGAAGCAGAAUGCCGGGGGACACUGUCCUGAAGAUACUGAUGCAGAAGAUAAGGUCGCUGGACGUGAGCUUAUCAGUUCUUGAGAGUUACUUGGAGGAGCGGAGCUCGAAAUACGGGAUGAUAUUCAAGGAGAUGGACCUGGAGGCGAACAAGAGAGAGAAGGAGGUGGAGACUAUGAGAGUGGAGAUAGAAGGAAUGAAGGAGAGGGAAGAGAGUACGAAGAAGGAGGCGAUGGAGAUAAGGGAAUGGCGGAUGAGAGUGGAGACAGAGCUUGAGAAGGCUGAGAAUGAGAAAGAGAAAGUGAAGGAGAGGUUAGAGCAAGUGUUGGAAAGAAUGGAGUGGAUGGAGAAGAAAGGUGUGGUUGUGUUCACAAUCUGUGUCGGGUUUGGGGCUAUAUCAGUUGUUGCCGUGGUUCUUGGUAAGGGGAGAGGUCGAGCAGAGAAUCCAGAGUUAGCUGAGUCUUCUUUAUACCUCAAUAAAACUAUAGAAGAUCACUUAUGCUGUACCUAUGAGGCGAACAGAAUGUUCAAGAAGGCGGUGGAGGCUAAGUCUCACCAGCGUCUCUCCGGCGCUGACCGGAAAAAACUCCGCCGCACCGUCCGAAAUAGGCUUCCCCUUCUAACCGAUGAACUCCUCGACGCAAUUCUUCCUCCCAAGGUUGAAAUAACUCUUUCCAAGUUUCAGAAUCGAGUACUUGUCUAUAGUAUUGAAGGUGGAUGUCCCAUGUUUUUCGAUAUUGAUGGAAGAGGGACUGAGAUAUUCCCCACAGUUUUUGCUCUCUGGGAGGCUCCUGAAAUGUUACCUUCCUUUAUGUUGAAAGGAGGUGAGGUUUCACGGUAUGUUUUAGGCGGUGCAGAUUUGAUGUUCCCAGGUAUUUUGAUCCCUCCCCAAGGCUUUCCUUCUUUCUCUGCUGGAGAAAUAUGGGCUGUCAAAGUUCCUGGAAAUCUGGCACCUAUUGCGGUUGGGUGUACUACAAUGAGUAGUGAAGAUGCCCUUAAAGCAGGUUUGCGUGGGAAGGCUUUACGGAUAACUCAUUAUUACCGUGACUUUCUUUGGGAAUCAGCUGAGGGGCACUACGUUCCAAAUGCUGGUUUUAUGGAGAAUGUUGUCAUGGAGGACCCAUCGUACCUUGCUUCUGUUUCAGUUGAAGAAAUCUCAGACUCUUCAGCUGGUCCUCAGACAAGCACAGAAAUUGAAGAUGAAUCUGGUGAUUUGAAUAAUAUUGGGCCUUCAACCUCUGUUACGGAUGCUAAGAAUGAUACUGAAGAACAUGUGGUUGGGAGCAUGAAUGAGCUGAACUUAGCAGAUGACGUUUCUGCUAAUGAAGCAAAUACCGACAAGCAGAAUAUUCUCUCCCCUGAGGAGGUAGAUGACCUUCUUGACCAAUGCCUUUUGCAAGCAUUGCAUACAACACUAAAGGAGAAGGACCUUCCGAUCCCAGGAAGUACUCUAUGGGCAAAUCAUGUAUUACCUUGUAGGCCUUCUGGUCUCACACUUGACAUUAAGAAGUCUUCCCAUAAAAAGCUGUCAAAGUGGCUGCAAUCUAAAGCGUCUACUGGAAUGAUAUCUGUUAAAGAAGACAAGCAUAAGAAGGAGAUUGUAUUGAUUUCAGUCAACCGCAGCCACCCAGAUUACAAAUCCUUCAAGCCAGAGAAAAAGAAAGCAGAAGUCUCUGACUCUCCUGGAGAGCGCUCCACAGGGCAAGCUCAGUCAGAGAAAAUGCUUGAAAUCAUUGAGGUCUAUAAACCAAGCAUACACAACAGUGCAAUAUUUGCAUCAGUUGGGGAAGACAAAGGAAAUCUGUACACAGCUUCUGAAGCCACUGAUGUUGUGUUCAGAUACAUCGAGAAGGAAAAUCUGGUAAAGCCAACAAACAAGUCAAUGGUGGUGUUGGAUCCGAUAUUAUGUGAUGCAUUGUUCAAAGGAGCUAUCAAAAAGGGAUCGGCAUAUCCGUCAGAGAUUCACAAAAAGGAUGUUGGAUCGACGUUUGUAGGGAGGAUGCAGCCUAAUCACGUAGUCAUGAGAGGCGGUGGUGAACCCGUGGUUCGUAAAGGAGCUGUAAAGCCGGUUCAGAUAAUGACAGAACGAAGACAAGGUAACAAAAAAGUGACAAAGGUCACAGGGAUGGAGACGUUCUUGAUAGACCCAGACUCGUUUGGAUCAGAACUGCAGAAGAAGUUUGCUUGCAGUACUUCAGUUGGAGAACUUCCAGGUAAGAAAGGGUACGAGGUUCUGAUUCAAGGAGGCGUGAUUGAUAAUCUUGCGAGAUAUAUGGUGGAACACUAUGGAGUUCCAAAGAGAUACAUUGAAAGAAGACGGCCACUCGACGGCGGAGGAACUCGCCGCCGUCUAUUCUUCAGGCCAUUGUAUUCGAGAAAUUUCAAGAGAACAAUUCUAUUGGCUGUGGUUUUCUUAGCCAUCUUCCCUCCUCUCUACUUCCAUUUCAAGCUCAGACGAAUUCGUCAGAUUGUCGCGCAAAAAUGCGAUUGGCUUCACCAUCCUCCACUUGUCUGUGCUCACGGCGGCGAUUCCACCCUCGCUUUCCCCAAUACUAUGGAUGCUUACAAUUUUGCUAUACGUUCUCGAGUUGAUUGCAUCGAAGUAGAUGUUUCUCGUUCCUCCGAUGGUGUUUUAUUCGCUCUCCACAACAGGGAUCUGCAGCGUAUUGCUCGUAACUCGUCUGUUCAAGUUGGAGAUCUGAGUAUGAAACAGAUCAAGGAACUUGAUGUCUCACAAAUUGUUAAAGGGACCUUAGGAAAUCAUAGGAUUCCUACUCUUGAAGAUGCUUUAGCGUUGAUAUCGAAUUCAGUCCGGAAAGUGAUUCUUGAUGCGAAAGUUGGACCGCCAAUGUAUGAAAAGGGCCUUGCACAAGACAUUCUUUCUGUUAUUGAGAGAGUGCAGUGCAAGAACUGCAUCGUAUGGGCCAAAAGCGACACUUUGGCUAGAGACAUAAUCAGGCAAGCACCAGAUACUACAGUGGGAUACAUUGUGAUGGUGGAUCAUUCGACUGGGGUGAGAAACAACCUGCUGAGAAUGAAGGGAGCUAGAGUUGUGGGAGUCUAUCAUCCCUUGAUCGAUGAAGAAUUAGUUAGAGUUGUUCGUCGGAGAAACAAAGAGGUGUACGCAUGGACUGUGGAUGAUGCUGAUCCGAUGAAAAGGAUGCUUCACUUAGGUGUGGAUGCUGUUGUUACGAGCGAUCCAUCUAUGUUUCAGGGUCUCAUGGAAGAUCUUAGAACUGAGUUAAGACGAGUCUUGCUCAAGAGAAGCAAAGUAUUGGUUCUUGAUGAAGCCACUGCUUCUAUCGAUACCGCUACUGAUAAUCUGAUCCAGGAGACUCUGAGGCAACACUUUUCGGACUGUACAGUGGUAACAAUCGCACACAGAAUAUCUUCUGUUAUACAUAGCGAUAUGGUCUUGCUCCUAGACCAAGGUCUUAUAAAAAAAAUGAUUCACCAGCAAGAUUACUUGAAGACAAGUCGUCGUCAUUCUCAAAGCUUGUGGACAGCAAGUUCUGAUUACAAGUCCAGAAGAAGCGCAAUGGAAUGGCUUUGCUUUCGCCUUGAAAUGCUAUCAUCACUUACAUUUGUCUUUUCAUUGGUUGUCUUGGUCUCCAUACCUACUGGAGUGAUUGAUCCAAGUCUAGCGGGAUUAGCCGUGACUUAUGGACUCAGUUUGAAUACCCUGCAAGCUUGGCUGAUUUGGAGUUUCAGUAAUCUUGAGAACAAAAUCAUAUCGGUAGAGAGGAUUCUUCAGUAUGCAAGUGUUCCCAAUGAACCACCUCUUGUGAUAGAAUCGAACCGACCUGAGCAAUCAUGGCCUUCACGUGGUGAAGUUGAAAUCCGUGAUCUUCAGGUCCGAUAUGCUCCACAUAUGCCUCUUGUGUUGCGAGGAAUAACAUGCACUUUUAAAGGAGGUUUAAGAACAGGAAUUGUUGGAAGGACAGGAAGCGGGAAGUCAACUUUGAUACAAACUCUUUUCCGCAUUGUAGAACCUUCAGGUGGAGAAAUCAUGAUAGAUGGAGUGAAUAUUUUGACCAUUGGGUUGCAUGACUUGCGUUUAAGACUAAGCAUUAUACCCCAAGAUCCAACUAUGUUUGAAGGAACAGUGAGAAGUAACUUGGACCCUCUUGAAGAGUACACUGAUGAUCAAAUCUGGGAGGCUCUUGACAAGUGCCAACUAGGAGAGGAGGUGAGAAAAAAGGAACAAAAGCUCGACUCAUCUGUGAGCGAGAAUGGAGAGAAUUGGAGUAUGGGUCAGAGGCAACUGGUGUGUCUCGUGAGAGUUCUUCUUAAGAAAAGCAAAAUAUUGGUGCUUGAUGAAGCCACUGCUUCGGUUGACACUGCAACUGACAAUCUGAUUCAGAAAACAUUAAGAGAACACUUCUCAAAUUGUACAGUGAUAACCAUUGCACACAGGAUAUCUUCAGUUAUUAACAGCAACAUGGUUCUGCUUCUAAGCAAUGGAAUCAUUGAGGAAUAUGAUACGCCAGUGAGACUACUAGAGUAUAAGUCGUCAUCUUUUUCUAAGCUUGUGGCUGAGUACACUUCAAGAUCUAGUUCCAGUUUCGAUUGAUAUAAAAAACGGCUAUUUUC